CUCUUGUAUCAGGAAUAUCGAGAUAAAUCUACACGCCAGGAGAUUGAAACUAGACGACUGCAGGAUUCACAGACAGACCCAGAGGAGAGUUCACCCAGUGAGGAAACCCCAUCUGAAGCAGAACCUACGAGUAUAACCGAAAGCAAAGCUCCACCACAAAUCAGUUUGCUGAGGAACUCCAACUCCAGGUUCAACUUAUGGCAGGAUCUGCCUGAGAUACGGAGCAGCGGAGUCCUCAGCAUCCUCCAGCCAGAUGAGAUCAAGCUGCAGGAGGCCAUGUUUGAGCUGGUUACUUCCGAAGCCUCAUAUUACAAGAGUCUGAAUCUGCUGGUGUCUCACUUCAUGGAGAACGAACGUCUGAAAAAGAUCUUACACCAGUCUGAGGCGCACAUCCUCUUCUCCAACGUCCUGGACGUCAUGGCGGUUAGUGAGCGCUUCCUGUUGGACCUCGAGCAGCGGGUGGAAGAGAAUAUUGUGAUCUCAGAUGUGUGCGAUAUUGUCUACCAGCAUACAGUUAAUCACUUCUCCGUGUACAUCACCUACGUCUCCAACCAGACCUACCAGGAGAGAGCUUACAAGCAGCUUCUACAGGACAAGCCAGCUUUCCGGGAGGUGAUUUCACAGCUGGAGCUGGAUCCCAAAUGCAAAGGCUUGUCCUUUUCUUCCUUCCUGAUUCUGCCAUUUCAAAGAAUCACUCGACUGAAGCUGCUGGUGCAGAAUAUUUUGAAGAAAGUGGAAGAGAAGUCUGACAGGGAAAACACUGCCCUGGAUGCACAUAAAGAACUGGAAACAGUGGUGAAGGCAUGUAAUGAAGGUGUCAGGAAGAUGAGCCGAACAGAGCAGAUGAUCAGCAUCCAGAAGAAACUGGAAUUCAAGAUCAAGUCUGUGCCCAUCAUCUCUCACUCCCGCUGGCUGCUGAAGCAAGGGGAAUUGCAGCAAAUGAAUGGUCCAAAGACAUCACGAACGCUUCGCACCAAGAAACUCUUCAGAGAAAUCUACUUGUUCCUUUUCAAUGAUCUGCUGGUAAUUUGCCGGCAAAUUCCUGGGGACAAGUACCAAGUGUUCGAUUCAGCUCCCCGGGGGCUUCUUCGGGUAGAGGAGUUAGAAGACCAAGGGCAGAGUUUGGCCAACGUCUUCAUCUUGAGGCUGCUGGAGAAUGCAGAUGACCGGGAGGCCAGCUACAUGCUGAAGGCAUCAUCCCAGAGCGAAAUGAAGCGCUGGAUGAUUUCACUGGCCCCAAACCGGAGAACCAAGUUUGUUUCGUUUACAUCUAGGCUUGUUGACUGCCCGCAGAUCCAGUGUGUCCACCCGUAUGUGGCCCAGCAGCCAGAUGAGCUGUCCUUAGAACUGGCUGACAUCCUCAACAUCCUGGACAAGACAGAUGACGGCUGGAUAUUUGGGGAGCGCCUUCACGACCAGGAGAGGGGCUGGUUCCCCAGUUCUAUGGGGGAGGAAAUCCUGAACCCCAAAAUCCGAGCCCAGAACUUGAAGGAGUGUUUCCGGGUGCACAAGUCAGAUGACAGUCAGCGGAGGAAACUGGGCAGCAGAAACCGCCAAUGACCGCUGGUGUCCCCGAGCGUCUGGAGAGCCUUUAGGAGAGGGACAGAAGACAGAGGCUGCCAGCUGGCAGGAUAUGGCAGCGGUGCCAUGGGCCGUGGUGCAGGACUUGGCGUGCCAGACCAGGCACACACACCCCUGAACAAACAGAUUGUAGUUCCUGGGCUCCCUGCGGCUCUGUUCCUUCCCUGGAGGUCAGUGCUUCGAACUGGCUGAAAUAACCCCUUUCCAGGUGUUCUCUAAAGCCCUAAAGAGCAUGAGCUGAAUGGACCUAGCCCAAAGGCCAGCGGGUGCUGGCCAGCUGGCC